UGACAGAGUGAAUGUGGACAAUGAUUCCGCUCAGCACCUGGAGCUGUCUGAAUAAGAAGAGGCCUGCAAAUGCCCCACCUGAUGGCCGCCCCCCAGGGCACCGGCUGUUGGAGUGCCGGUCCAGGGUCCAACAUUUAGUAACCAACAUCAAAUGUACUUGUCUCUCCUAAGCUGCACAGACUGCCAAGGUGACAUUUCUCCCACUUACGGACAGGAAACCAAGGCUGAAAGAGAGUCCGAGUCUCACUCUGUCACCCAGGCUAGAGUGCAGUGGCUGCAAUCACCACUCACUGCAGCCCCAUGGCCUCCUGGGCUAAAGCCAUCCUCCUGCCUCCACCUCCCGAGCAGCUGGGACUACAGUUCUCGUCAGGUCUUUGCCGCAAAUCUCUGUCCAGAGGAUCGUGGCUGAGGCACCAUGGAAUGCUGCUGUUCUACUGGAGAUGCAAUUUCAUCCAAAAGAAAAAGGGAAAAGUAUCCAAAAGUCUUUCUAGUCUCCAGGCAUUUAGAAAAGCUUUAGAACAAGAUCUGCACUGGCACAAGAAUUUGAGUGGAAAUCACCCUGCCCAGCUGUGAGCCCCGGGGCGGGUGAGCCACACACUUGGAUCUCACUGCAGUUGUGGCCUCUGGGAAGAAGGCUUUGAAUGCAGAUUUUAAACAGGUACUCAACUCAGACUGAGCCACGGCUACUUUCAACUUAACAAUAUGUGAGAAACCCAUCUGAUCACUGCAGACCUGCUGAAAUCUGUUACAACUAAUCCUUCAAUCCUCACCAGAAUGCUGGCUGUCCUGCCUCUGCCGUCGCGAGAGAAGAUGAAAGCUACUGGGUGGCCACAGGGCAGUUAUGUCCCCUUCUCUAGGUUCUGUGAUUCUGGCAGUUAGAAUGGGUUUCCAGACUUUUACAAGCAGAAACCCUUAUACAUGUGAUUAUAUGCUGUCUGUCAACAUGUAAAACAGGCCAAGCGUGGUGGCUCACACCUGUAAUCUCAGCGUUUUGGGAGGCCAAGGUGGGAGGACCACUUGAGGCCAGGCGUUUGAGACCAGUCUGGGCAACAUAGCAAGACCCUAUCUCUUAAAAAAAAAAAAAAAAAAGAAAAAGAAAGAAAGAAAAGAAAAAGAAAAAGAAAAAAAAAAGUAGGCCAGGCACGGAUCACCUGAGGUCGGGAGUUCGAGACCAGCCUGACCAACAUGGAGAAACCCCAUCUCUACUAAAAAUACAAAAUUUGCCGGGCGUGGUGGCACAUGCCUGUAAUCUCAGCUACUAGGGAGGCUGAGGCAGGAGAAUCGCUUGAACCCGGGAGGUGGAGGUUGCAGUGAGCCAAGAUCGCGCCAUUGCACUCCAGCCUGGGCAAUAAGAGUGAAACUCAGUCUCAAAAAAAAAAAAAAAAAAAGUUAAACACAGAAACGUGGGACGUUGUUUUUGACACAGAGGUGGCCUCCAUUCCUAUUUUUCUUCAAGAGAACCAUGAAGCUCCUUUGCAAAAUAGGUGAGUUCUUUUCUUUGAGACAGAGUCUCCUUCCAUCACACAGGCUGGAGUGCAGUGGUGCGAUCUUGGCUUACUGCAACCUCCGCCUCCCAGGCUCAAGUGAUUCUCAUGCCUCAGCCUCCUGAGUAGCUGGAACUACACGUGUGCACCACACCACACCUGGCUAAUUUUUGUAUUUUUAGUAGAAACAGGGUUUCGCUAUGUUGGCCAGGGCUGGUCUUAAACUCCUGGCCUCAAGUGAUCUGCCCACCUCGGUCUCCUAAAGUGCUAGGAUUACAGAUGUGAGCCACUGCACCUGACUGCAAAAUGGGAGAGUUUUGAGAAGUGUGGACUGGAAACCAGUGAGAGGAGGUAACUUCUAGAACCUCUUCCCAGCUCUGAUUCCACUAACAUGGUCUAAACUUUCCAAACUCAACCCACACUACCGUUAAAGUCCUUAUUUUCUAAGCUGUUUCUCUUUCGGGCACUUUCCAGGAGGCCUGGGCCUGAAACUCCACACCCCACCAGCUGACACAGUGUGCGUGACCUGGAACUAGAAAUGACCUUCUCACAGGGCAGAUGGCCACCCACAGGGGAUGCCUUGUUAGAAAGCCUCUCCAAAGACCUGGGAGAGUCAAAUCCUGACACAAACAUAUCAAAGAAAUGUUCUACUUUACUAGAAAUUUUGUUUAAAACAUACAAGUUAAAAUCAGCGGCUGAGCAUGGUGGCUCACACCUAUAAUCUUAGCUACUCGGGAGGUGGAGGGAAGAGGAUCGCUUGAGGCCAGGAGGUCAAGACCAGCCUGGGCAACACAGAGAGACCCCCAUCUCUAUUUAUUAAAAAAAAGGGAAAAGAAAACAAUUUGGUAAUAUAUAUAUCAAGAGGUUUAAAAAUGUUCACUUCCUUUGAUCCAAUAAUUAAGACUCUAACUUCAGAAAAUUAUAGAAAAAUUUUGACGUGAAGCUAUUCACUACAGCACUGUCUCUAUUACAUAAAACAGAAGCGUAGGGCAAACUCCACAGAAGUCAAUAAAAUGUUAACAGCUGUCUUUGAGUGGAGAAACGAUAGAAGACCUUUUUUUUUCCUUUUUUUUUAAAACUUGCUUCUUUUCUUCUUCAUAUAUAGGAGACGUUUUGUUUGACUUCCUUAUAUAUCUGAACUUUUCACAUUUUCUAAAGUGAGAAAGUAUUACUUCUAUUAUCAGAAAAAACCUCUCCUGGCCAGGUGCAGUGGCUCAUGCCUGUAAUCCCCAGCACUUUGGAAGGCUGAGGGGGGUGGAUCAUCUGAGGUCAGGAGUAUGAGACCAGCCUGGCCAACAUGGUGAAAUCCCGUCUCUACUAAAAAUACAAAAAUUAGCUGGGCAUGGUGGCAUGCACCUGUAAUCCCAGCUACCUGGGAGGCUGAGGCAGGAGAAUCCCCUGAACCCAGGAGGCGGAGGUUGCAGUGAGCCGAGAACUGCACCAUUGCACUCCAGCCUGGGCAACAUGAGCCUCAAAAAACAAAACAAAAAACAAACUUCCCUUAAAAUGCCAAACACUUUUAAAAGGUCAUAAAUAUAAACCAAACCACCACCACAGCUGUGUCUUACCAUUAUUACUUUAAAUGGCUGCUGCUAUCCCAGUGUAGUUUCACUAAUAUCAGGCCCUGUCAACUUACCAUGGCACCUCCCUGACAACAGACACAUCCCCCCAUCCCCGAGCUCCACAAAAAUGGAAGAACAAACCAUCCAUGUUCCUAUGACAGUAGUCCUGUGAGCACGGCGAGAUGGGGCUUUGCUCGAAAAGGGAUCACUCAGGCCAGUGCCUCCCACAUCUUACUGGAAGAUGGCACGAAACUAGCAUGUGAUUUGUCUCUUGCACAGUGGGUGGCCGGAAGGGAAGUGACAACUCUUCUGGCUGGGGCCUCCAGGGAUAGGUCAGAGCAGAACCUUCCAAAGGGCACCCAUGGUGCCGGCCCCAGUAACCUACAAUUCCCUUGUGGUCAACCAGCUUCUCCAGAACCAAGAACCCACUGGCUCCUGGGUGGCCAAGAGCAAUCUGACCACCUGCAGCCAGUCAGAAGGUGGAGCCCUGGUUUACGGGCCUACCCAGAGGGCAAAGUAGGGGAGUAAUAGGGGCAGCAGUGGAUGUGUAAUGGUAACAGUAAUAGCAGGCCUGGUGCAGUGGCUCACACCUUGUGAUCCCAGCACUUUGACUGGCUGAGGCAGAAGGACUGCUUUGAGCCCAGGGGUUCAAAGUUGCAGUGAGCUAUGAUCGUGCCACUACACUCCAACCUGGGCAACAGAGCGAGACCCUGUCUCUUUAAAAAAAAAUAAAUAACAGCCAAGCAGGAACCCGCAUCCAGGAACACAGCCCUUUGCUCCUCCCUCAGAAUGAAUGGAAACCAGGCUGGGCGCGGUGGCUCACACCUGUAAUCCCAGCAUUUUGGGAGGCCAAGGCGGGCGGAUCACGAGGUCAGGAGAUCGAGACCAUCGUGGCUAACAUGGUGAAACCCUGUCUCUACUAAAAAUACAAAAAAUUAGCCAGGCGCGGUGGCGGGUGCCUGUAGUCCCGGCUACUAGGGAGGUUGAGGCAGGAGAAUGGCGUGAACCCAGGAAGUGGAGUUUGCAGUGAGCCAAGAUCACGCCACUGCACUCCAGCCUGGGCGACAGAGCAAGACUCUGUCUCCAAAAAAAAAAAAAAAAAAGAAUGAAUGGAAACCAGAAAUCAGAUGUUUAUGCCCAAGAAAAGCAGGAUUUCGUUCAGCACUACUCCCAGAUCGUUAGGGUGCUGACUGAGGAUGAGAUGGGGCACCCAGAGACAGGAGAUGCUACUGCCCGGCUCAAGGAAGUCCUGGAGUACAAUGCCAUUGGAGGCAAGUAUCACCGAGGUUUGAUGGUGCUAGUAGCGUUCCGGGAGCUGGUGGAGCCGAGGAAACAGGAUGCUGAUAGUCUCCAGUGGGCACUGACUGUGGGCUGGUAUGCGGAACUGCUGCAAGCUUUCUUCCUGGUGGCAGAUGACAUUAUGGAUUCAUCCCUUACCUGCCAGGGACAGAUCUCCUGGUAUCAGAAGCUGGGCAUGGGUUUGGAUGCCAUCAAUGAUGCUAUCCUUCUGGAAGCAUGUAUCUACUGCCUGCUGAAGCUGUAUUGCCGGGAGCAGCCCUAUUACCUGAACCUCAUGGAGCUCUUCCAGCAGAAUUCUUAUCAGACUGAGAUUGGGCAGACCCUCGACCUCAUCACAACCCCCCAGGGCAAUGUGGAUCUUCGCAGAUGCACCGAAAAAAGGCACAAAUCUGUUGUCAAGUACAAGACAGCUUUCUACUCCUUCUACCUUCCUGUAGCUGCAGCCAUGUACAUGUCAAGAAUGGAUGACAAGAAGGAGCACACCAGUGCCAAGAAGAUCCUGCUGGAGAUUCAAGAGUUCUUUCAGAUUCAGGAUGAUUACCUUGACUUCUUUGGGGACCCCAGUGUGACUGGCAGAGUUGGCAAUGACUUCCAGGACAAUAAAUGCAGCUGGCUGGUGGUUCAGUGUCUGCUACAGGCCACUCCAGAACAGUACCAGAUCCUGAAGGAAAAUUACAGGCAGAAGGAGGCCGAGAAGGUGGCCCAGGUGAAGGCACUAUACGAGGAGCUGGAUCUGCCAGCCGUGUUCUUGCAGUAUGAGAAAGACAGUUACAGCCACGUUAUGGGUCUCAUCGAAUAG